AUGAAAAAACUGAAGAAACUUUUAAAGCGUCGAACUAUGUUGAGUAUCUUGAAAAAGGUCCGAGAUGUGGCAGCGACACAAAAUUGUGGAGCGGUGGUGAGUGCUUGUGGCCGAGCUGUUUCUGCUGUUCUUUCAUCGAAACCAGAAAAGGUGGAAGCCAUAAAUGCUUCGAAGUUGAGGACCUUCAAGAAAUGUGAUGAUUUUUACACGUUUGCAUUGUAUGUGGAUAAACCAAGAGAUGGGACAUAUUAUGUUGUAUAUUUGCCGAGAACUUUGAAGAUUUGGCGUACACGGGAGCAUGAUGAAGCAGAAUCGCUAAGGGAUCAAUUGAAUAGUCUGAAACUACUUGUUAACAUUUUGGAGAAAAUAAGUUCGAAAUUAUUCGAGGCUGAACUGGAACAAUUGAGAGAUUCGGUGAUCAAAAAUCCCAAAUUUAAUGAUAUACAUCAUGCUGCUGCUUGUAACUUUCCGAAAGUUAUCGUCGCGUUGUGUAAGAAUCGUCCAAGCAUGGUUAAUGAAGUAUCCCUUGAUGGUUACUAUCCAUUGCACAUAGCAGUGAAGAAUGAUGCUAAAGAGGCUGUUCAAGUACUCCUGAACUUAGGUGCCCACACUACAGAACAGGAUUGUCAUUUCAGGAAUGCCGUGCAUUAUGGUGCCGAAAAUAAUAUAGAAAUACUGAAGUUAUUAGCUGGAGCUGAGGAUUUUUGGGAUGCUGUUGAUGUAAUUGAUAAAGAUGGCUUAUCACCACUUUGUCUUGCUAUUCGUUCAGCCAAAGCCAAGUGCGUAGAAUUUUUGUUGGAUGCAGAUUGUUCAACCGGUCCGUUCCCGGGCGGUUCUUUGGCUGUUAUGGUUGCUGUAGCUGUUUCGUCACCCGAUUUACCGAAGAUAGUCGAUUUAUUAUUAAUACGAGCUCCACAGUUCUUAGUCGAAGAGAUCGAUGGUUCAUCAACUAUUCUUCAUGAAAAACUGGAAGUAAAAUUGUUGUACCAUAUUCUGGGAGAUCUUGGCGAUGUCAUCAAUAUAAAUGUUCGAAAUAAUUUGGGUCAAACGCCGCUGUAUUGUGCUAUAGCCCGAAAUGAUUUGUCACAAAGUUUUACAUUCCUGACGCACAAUGCUGAUGUAAAUAUUGCAGAUUAUGACGGGAAUACCCCGUUGCAUGUAUCUUCUAAGGAUGGGAAUGUUACUCUUGUGAAACUAUUACUAUGUUUUGGAGCAUCAGUACAAUUAAAGAACAGUCGCGGGGAAACAGCUCUGGUUGUUGGAAGGAGCAACACAGAAAUUAUGGAGUGUUUGAAGCUCUUUGCUUAUCCACCAUCAACCAUUCGACCAGUUUUAGGUAACGUUUUAUCUGAUCUUAUGCAAGAAAGAGCAAUAGAGGAGCGGGAUCGAAUGACACCAGAACAAAGGCAACGGUUGGUCAAUGUAAUAAGCUUCGAUGGUGGUGGAAUAAGAGGCUUAGUACUUUUGCAGAUAUUGAUGCAUAUUGAGAAAUUGUUGGGUCAUUCUGUCAUGAAGCACUUUCAAUGGUUAUGCGGAACUAGUACAGGAGCAGUGAUUGCAUUGGGGCUAACGAAAGGGUAUUCGUUAAAGCACUGUCAAAGUCUUUAUCUACGCAUGAAGGAUGAACUAUUUGGUGGUCGACGACCAUAUUCAGAAAAAGUGAUCGAAGGUAUUCUCUGCGAAAAUUUUGGCGAAAAGACAACGAUGGCACAAUUAACAUCUAAAAAAGUUAUUGUGACGGCUUCAUGUGUACGAAGAAAUCCACCACAGCUGAAACUCUUUCGCAACUACACUUUACCAGUUAGUAAAGCUGAAAACGAGGCCUUGGGAUUUGAUGAUCCCUGUGAGAACUUAAUAUGGAAAUGUGCGCGGUACUCUAGCGCUGCUCCAAUGUUCUUCACACCGAAAGAUAAUUUUGUUGAUGGUGGAUUAAUAUCAAAUAAUCCAACGCUUGAUCUUAUGUCAGACAUACAUACUUAUAAUGCUGCAUGUAUGAAAGCGGAAAAAGAGACUGUACACAUUGGCUGCAUUGUGUCAUUGGGAACUGGUCAAGCGCCGCCUGAAGAGUUAGGAAGCAUGAGAUGGAAUUUUGGUUUGCCUGGAGGUUUUGCCGAAGGCGUAUCUAUGUUUGAGGAUUUGAUAAGUUUAAAAAAUCUUCUUGUAGAACAGGUUACAGUUUCCAAUGGACCAUGCGUGACACGUGCACGUUCUUGGGCUCAUGAUCAGUCCAUCCCAUUUUUUCGUUUUUCACCACCUCUUGCGUCACAUGUGGAACUUGAUGAAAACAGAAAUGAAGUAAUUGUUGGUCUCCUUUGGGAUACGGAGGUGAAAAUGAUAAAGGAUGCAGUAAAUAAGCUACAAACCGAAUUGCAAGAUGAAUUGGACGAAUUGUCUUCAAUCCUAUGGCAUCAAAUUACAACAAUACUAAUUAGAUUGAAAAGCUAACACUAAAAAACCGAUGGCCAUCAGUGAAGGAGACAUUUAUGAAUGCAUAUUGUAGAUAUAAAUUGGAAAAUUACUACAUAUCUUUCGAAUACGACGAAAAUAAAUUUCGAGCAACAUCUGCGGUCAGUUGAUUCGGAAAACAAAGCAAUGGAACAAUAAAAUUUACUGCCCAAUAAUGACCAAAUACCAUCCUUA